AUGAUGACACUGAGGCUGCUGUUGCUGAAUUUCGGAGGGUAUUGUUCCAUUCUUCUUCUGUCCCACUUCUUGACGAAGGGAUCGGCGAGGGUCCAACUUGUUGGGCGGAUUUGCGUUGCGCUCUCUGUUGCAGUCUUUGCUGCUCCGCUAAGCGUCAUUAGAAUGGUGAUAUGCACCAAGAGCGUGGAGUUCAUGCCCUUCUCUUUGUCAUCGUUCCUCAUGCUCAGUGCUGUGACAUGGCUCCUAUAUGGCCUAUUCCUCAAGGACUUGUAUGUCGCGGGUCCAAACGUGCUAGGAGUCAUCUUUGGAGUGCUUCAGAUGGCGCUGCAUGCCAUAUACAGGAAGAGAAAUAAAGUUGUGACGGAGGAGGAGAAUAAUGAUACCAGUGUUGGAAAGCUGAGCUCUGAUAUACAAAGUUGCAAAGGGCAUGAGUUCAUCAUCUUUAUUGAAGAUUCUGAUAACGGACCAGUGGCCACUCCAUCUCAAGUUUGA